AUGAAAUUCUUCACCGGGCUUGCCCUCGCCUUCAUUACUCGAACAUUUCUUGAUUCCGAGAUCCCAGACUGCCACCGCCAAUUGUACCCCCGAAGGAGUCGGUACCAGACAGUAACCCUCGAGGCGUCUCAAGAGAUGGCGUCCCGCGCGUCGUUGCGACCGCUUCUCCGACCGGACCCGAAGCGCAUGCUCGGGACGCUAUCCUUCUCUGCUGCUGCAGGAGCAACAAUUCGUGCAUCUCAAUUGUUGCCCUUGAACCCGGCUCUCAAGCCGGUACAGUCGUCCUCGACAUUCUGGGGCUUCCACAGGCUGCUCCAACUGCCACAUGGUCGGAAUUUCCACUCGGCAACCCCUCUAUCGUCACAUCCGAGCUCCAACAAUGGCAACCCUCCGCGGCCAUCAUCUGCCGAUACCAGCGAUUCCAUACCAAUUGCCAUGCCGCCCCCAGAGGGAACCGGGGAGCCGGCAGCACCAAUUGACCCCCCUGCCUCCUCACCAUCAGCUGAGCCAAGCGAGCAGCCGUCCGAGCUAGAGCAAAAGGGAACCUCUUCAGAAACAUCUCCCCACCAAGAACAACAACAACAACAACAACAACAACAAUCAUCCCCCGCCGCAGACGAACCUACCCCCUCGACGUCCCCAGACCCAUCCAGCGACGCAAAGAGCCCGACCCAGCCCCUCACCGCGCGCCUCACCAACGCCAUCGACAACCUCCAGACCCGCCUCCUGGCCGGCCAGCAGACCCUCAACGACCUGACGGGCUACUCGUCGAUCGAGCAGAUCAAACACCAAAACGCCGAGCUCGAGACGCAGCUGGCGGCGGCGCAGGACCACCUCCGGCACGCGCGGCAGGCGUACAAGACGGCGCACUCGGCGCGGGCCUCGACGCAGCGCGAGGUGACGACGCUGCUGGCGCGCAAGGACGGCUGGUCGCCGCUGGACCUGGAGCGCUUCACGACUCUGUACCGCCAGGACCACCAGCUCGAGACCGAGGCGCAGCGCGCCGCGCGCGAGCUGACCGAGGCCGAGGACGACGAGGCCCGCCUCUCGGCCGCCCUGACCAACGGCAUCAUGCGCCGGUACCACGAGGAGCAGGUCUGGAGCGACCGCAUCCGCCGCGCCAGCACCUGGGGAACCUGGGGCCUCAUGGGCGUCAACAUCCUCCUCUUCCUCGUCCUGCAGUUCGUCGCCGAGCCGUGGAGGCGCCGCAGGCUGGUCAGGAGCAUCGCCGAGGGCGAGAAGCCCAUGAUGGAUGAGGUCAAGCAGGAGCUCGAGGCUGUCAGGGGCGCCCUGGCUGCGUUUGAGAAGAGCACCGCCGCCGCCGCCGCCGCCGCUGUCCAGGCAACCCCUGCUGCUGAGCCUGCGCUGUCAUCAGCGCAAGCGUUUGUAGACCAAGUCGAGGUCGUCGGUACGGCGCCUGACGAGGUUGUUGUCAUAGCCGGAACUGACCCUGAGCCUACGUCUCCCCCUCCCCAGCCCUGGACUGAGGUUAUCGUAGAUCCGAAGCUGUGGGGCCCAGUUCUCUCAGACCUGUACAGUGAGCGGAGGAUCGACCUUACAAUGCGUGAGGUUUCCAUCAUCGCACUAGAGGGUGCCCUGGCUGGAGCAGUAAUUUUCGCCGGUGCGUUCGCCUUGCUGGUGAGGAAUUGA